ACCUUUGCCCGGUUCACUGGGCUCUCAGUGCCCACUGCCCUGGGGACAAUAUAAAACAGGUCAGAAACCUCCUGCCUGUCUGCUCAGUUCAUCCCCCGAAGCAGCUGCUCCAGGAACGGAGGUGCCAUGCAGCCCCGGGUGCUCCUCGUUGCUGCCCUCCUGGCGCUCCUGGCCUCUGCUCGAGCUGAGGAGGCCGGGGAAGCCUCCCUGCUGGGCGUCAUGCAAGGCUACGUGCAGCGGGCCACCAAGACUGCCCAGGAAGCACUGACCAGUGUGCAGGAGUCCCACAUGGCCCAGCAGGCCAGGGGCUGGAUGACCGGUGGCCUAAGCUCCCUGAAAGAGUACUGGAGCACCAUGAAGGACAAGUUCUCUGGAUUCUGGGAUUCCAUCCCCGAGGUGGCAUCGACUCUGGCCCCUUGAGACCUUCUGAGACCUCGACACCCCAAGCCCACCUGCCCGUCCAUCUUGCCAGCUCCAGGGCUGGCCUCGUAGUUUGCUUGAAAGGGACAGUAUUCUCAGUGCCCUGCCCUGCCCCUGCCCCAGGCCUGGCCACCUCCAGGCAUGCUGUCCUCCCAAUAAAGCUGGGUGAGAAGCUGCUGUGAGUGGGACAUGCCACGUGUGCCAUCUGUGUUUGGGCCUGGGAACGGGCUGAGGCUGUUCUGCGGCUGGGGCACCGGGCUGACGCCAGCUUGGGCAAGCCCGGGGCCCUGUGCCCUGCCCCCUUCUCAGUAGCUGGGUGGUCUCUGGUCCAAAUUUCUUCAUAUGUUAAGGUGGGAAUAACCCUACGUACCUUGCCUGCCUUGGCACGUCUGUAUGGAAUAUCAAUAAGUUUGACAAUACUUUGAUAAACUGUCAAGUGC